AUGAGGAGAUCGAGCUACGUUCUUGCGGCGGGCGCGCUGGCUGUGAACGCGCUAGGCUCCCAGCCUGUUCCCGGCGUCUUGCUGCUUCAAUUCGAAGAAAAGCGGAAUCCCGAAGCACCCGUUCUACGGCGCAGACAAGACCAAACAGUCGAGGAGGUGAUAACGAACGAGAAGCAGCGCGGUGGUUAUUUCUCAACAUGUACCAUAGACGACUCCAAAUCUUCACGAACCCACACAACUUUCCUUUCCGAUAAGCUCAAAAUCACAUAUUUGGACAAUUCCUAUGUCCAGGGAGAUUACUUCCGCGACACCCUCGAAAUAGGCGACUCGGAGCUAGCCAAUUUCACAAUGGGCCUGGGGCUUAACACGACUCUAAGUCAUGGUGUGAUUGGAGUUGGCUAUUCGAUUAACGAGGCUUCUUUCGAGACGGCUAGCGUUAUCUACGACAACUUACCAGUUGCGCUGGCGAAUAGCAACAUCACGAGUACUAUAGCCUACAGCCUCUGGCUCAACGAUCUAAGUAAGUUGUUCGACAGUGCUUUAGGAGCCACGCGCAAGGAGCAUAAGUUAACAGGAACAGGCUCUCCGAUGGGAAGCAUCCUCUUUGGCGGAGUUGAUACCGAAAAGUAUGUCGGCGACAUGAUGAAGGUCAAGGUCAACCCUACUACGAUCCCGGAUACGUUCGACACUGUUUUCGACCACUUCCGGAUAUCCAUGACCUCGGUCGAGGCGAACAGUCCAUCGGGAAGCGACACUCUCACCUCGGCGAGCUUCCCCAUCGAGGUCAUCCUCGAUUCCGGCACCACCCUCACCUCUCUACCGAUCGAUCUUGUGAAGCAGAUUUGGGAGGAAGUCGGCGCCGAGUUUUCCUCCGUCUUGCGCCAACCACUUAUUCCUUGCUACCGGCGUGACAGCUCGGGCAAAUUCACGUUUGGUUUCGGCGGGCCCGGAGGACCCAAGAUCACCGUUCCGAUGGACGAGCUAGUUUUGGACCUUACUCUCGGAAGGGCACCCCUAUUCCCCAGCGGCAGCAAGUACGAGGGGCAGGAGGCUUGCCUCUUCGGCAUCCAGGACUUCGGCGGGGAACCAUACAUCUUGGGAGGGACUUUCCUGCGCUCGGCUUACGUCGUCUUUGAUCUCGUCAACAACGAAAUUGGAAUCGCGCAAACCGAUUUCAACGAGACAAAGAGCGCCAUUGUGGCCUUCCCGUCUAACGGAUCUAUACCAUCGGCAACGGAGGCUCCGAACCAGGGUCAGACCGACACGCCAGCGCGGCUCGUUGAUCCCGCUUAUAACGCUCGAAGCGGCUUCCGGAAUGCCGCGUGGACCCCUGGCGUGUUUGGAGCAUCGUCCAUCUUAGCGAUGGCUGCGGCGUUCUGGAUGGUGCUUUAG